CAUGUUUUUAAGUUAUCGUUUGAAGUGUAUCUCUCCUAUUAAAAGUAAUAUUUUUUCUCAACGCGGUAACCCUGCUUGAAAGCAUUACAGUUUUUGACAUUUCAUUUGUAAACAAAUAUUGCUUGGAACCAAUUUUUACAUAAAAUAAAUCCUGCAUCAUGAUUAGUGCUUUAAAUAAUUCUGUAGCAAACACCAGCGGAAUACCUGAUAAAGCAUGGCAACCACAUUUUGUUACACUGGAAACUACCAUGGGAGAGAUUACAAUAGAAUUAUACUGGAAACAUGCACCCAAUACGUGCCGCAAUUUCGCUGAAUUAACACGACGUGGCUAUUAUAAUCAAGUUGUGUUUCAUCGAAUAAUACGUGAUUUUAUGAUACAAGGUGGCGACCCCACCGGCACUGGGCGUGGUGGUGCUUCUAUUUAUGGUGGUGAAUUUGCUGAUGAAAUUCAUUCUGAUCUAAAACAUACCGGAGCUGGCAUAUUAUCAAUGGCAAAUUCAGGUCCCAACAGCAACGGUUCACAAUUUUUUAUAACAUUAGCGCCAACUCAAUGGUUAGAUGGUAAGCAUACAAUAUUUGGACGAAUUUAUUCUGGAAUGGAAGUUGUAAAACGCAUCGGCAUGGUUGAAACUGACAAGAAUGAUCGACCCAUCGAUAGUGUUCGCAUUGUUAAAGCAAAAGUCGAAAAAGUUUAAUUAAUCUAGAAUAAAUAAUGUAUUUAUAAAUAAACUUUGACUACAUUUUAUCAAUAAAAUUAAA